UUUCCUUCACCACAGAUGCAGGCGUUGCUCACUGUCCUCCUGUGGGCGUUGGCUCGGGGUGCGCUCGGAGAAUUGGCUCCCCUCGAGAGGCCCUACGAGAUCCUUAUGCUCCUGCCGGUGGGGACGAGGAGCCACAAGAUAUACUUCACAAGCAUUGCUGAAGCCCUGGCCGAGCGGGGACAUAAGGUGGUGAUCCUGUCCAGCUAUCCUGCUUCCUCCACGAACCCUAACGUCACGGAGAUCAACCACGGACUCAAGGACUUCCAUGCUGAUCAAUUUAACAUAUUUGAAUCCCGAGACGAUCCUACCGGUGGAUUCUCUCUCCUGCAGGACGUCCUUCCUCCCAUGACCAGGAAACUGUACAAAAUCCCAGAGGUGAUGGACCUGUACGAAAGGAGGAAGACGUUUGAUCUCAUUGCUGUGGACUACACUACGAAUGAGAUAAUCUACCCGUUUGUGCACGAGCUAACCUACAUGACAAUAGCAGCCUUCGGGAUGGACGCAUGCCACAGCGCCGUGCUGGGCAACGUCCAGAACCCGGCCUACGUGUCUGGCGUGCGAGAGGAGUACCCGAAGCCCUUCAGUUUAAAGAACCGCAUCCUGAACCUGUUACAGCAUAUCCUGAUACCCCUUUACUGGAGGCACUGGUCUCCUGUGCCUCAGAUCCAAGAGGAGAUUUCGGACAUCUUCCCGGACCUUCCGCCGCUGCUGGACAUCGAGCGCAACCAGAGCCUGACGCUGAUCAAUUCGCACUUCUCGAUAGACGUUGCGCUUCCUCUGCUGCCGUCGCAGGUGCCGGUGGGCGCCGUCCACUGCCGCCCAGCGAAGCCUCUUACCAAGGACCUGGGAUCCUGGAUUUCCGGCGCAGGACCAGAGGGCGUCGUGUACUUCAGCCUGGGAACCGUUGUCCGUGGUAACUCCAUGCCAGUCGUGUACCGCGACAUGUUUGUCGAAGCUUUCAAGAGGCUGAAGCAGAGAGUCAUUUGGAAGUACGAGGAAGAGCUGGAGGGCAUCUCGGACAACGUGCUGAUACAGAAGUGGCUUCCGCAGCAAGAUAUAUUAGGCCAUCCCAACGUAAAAGUGUUCAUAACCCACGGAGGCCUUCUCAGCACCCAGGAGUCUCUGUACCAUGCCACACCAGUCGUUGUUAUCCCUGUCUUCACGGACCAGCCUAAGAAUGCAAGGCAAAUCCAGAAACACGGUUAUGGUAUUGUCCUAGCGUGGGGGGAACUUUCGGUCGAUCUCAUCGUUUAUUCCAUUCAGGAAGUUAUGAGUAACCCCAAGUACAAAAGGAACGCCGAAGAGGUGAUGAGCGUGGUACGGGACCAGCCGGAGACGCCGAGGGAGCGCGCCGUGUUCUGGACCGAGUACGUGGUCCGCCACCAGGGAGCGCCCCGCCUGAGGAGCCCGGCGGCGAAGCUCUCGUGGGUCGAGUUCCUCAUGCUCGACGUCCUGCUGGUGCUCCACGUCGCUGUGUACGUCGCCUUCUCCGUUCUGUCGUGGGUUGUUAGGGCGCUAAAGGGCAACGGGAAGAAAAAGAGGUGUGAAGUAAAAAGUAAAAUCUCUACUAAAUUAAACUACACAUUCCCUGGACACCGAAUAAUCUCUAGUCCUUUUAGAAUGCUUGAGCCCAGCAACUCUGGCGCGUCUAACGUUCAAGGUCGAAGGACUCAGUGGGUGGAGGCUAGUUGCAGCGGAGGACAGUGCGUCGUGAAGGUUCUGCCUGUUAAUAUAGAACGGACGUUAUUGCAACACGUUCAUGUCGAUCCAAUGCUCAGGAUGACAGUAUCAGGUGUAGUUUACAUGCUGGAGACGGAGGUUUCUUGUGGCUGUCACCUCAGUAAUGCACCAACAAUAUUUGUAUUUGUGCCCAUCGACCUUACCUCGUAUGCUCGUCUGGCUCUCUUGCCUAUGGCGCUCGAUCUCUCAUCGGCCGCAUUAAUGCGGGUGACACUUAUAUUUCUCCUAGUGGCACUCAUGGGCGCGUCUCUCGGGAAACUAGCUCCCCUCGAGAGGCCGUACAAGAUCCUGAUGCUGCUGCCCGCGGGGUCGAAGAGCCACAAGAACUUCUUCAUGAGUGUUGCUGAUGCCUUGGCUGAGCGAGGACACAGGGUAGUGAUGCUUUCCGGGUAUCCUGCGUCCUCCAAGAAUCCCAACAUCUUGGAGAUCAACCACGGGCUCAAGGACUUCGAUGUCGAGAACAUGAACUUAUUUGAUUUUCGGAAUGAUCCUACGGGAGGCUUUUCUAUCCUGGUGGACAUCCUUCCUCCUAUGGCCAAGAAAUUAUACAAUAUCCCAGAGGUGAUGGAGCUGUAUCACAAGAGGAAAACGUUUGAUCUCAUUAUUGUAGAUCAAUUGAUGAAUGAGAUGGUGUACCCUUUCGUGCACGAACUAACUUACAUGACAAUAGCAGCUUCCGGGAUGGACGCGUGCCACAGCGCCGUGCUGGGCAACGUCCAGAACCCGGCCUACGUCUCUGGGCCGCUGGAGGAGUACCCGAGCCCACUCAGUUUGAAGCACCGCCUCUUGAAUCUACUGCAGCACAUUUUGAUGCCCUUUUACUGGAGGCAUUGGGGUGUUGUGUCUAAAAUCCAGAAGGAGAUCUCGGGCAUCUUCCCGGACCUUCCGCCGCUGCUGGACAUCGAGCGCAACCAGAGCCUGACGCUGAUCAACUCGCACUUCUCGAUGGACGUGGCGGUUCCUCUGCUGCCGUCGCAGGUGGCGGUGGGCGCCGUCCACUGCCGCCCAGCCAAGCCUCUUCCGAAGCUUCGAAUCCCACAGGAACUAGAAUCCUGGAUCUCCGGCGCAGGACCAGAGGGCGUCGUGUACUUCAGCUUGGGAACCGUUGCUCGCGGUACCUCCAUGCCGGUCGUGUACCGAGACAUGUUUGUCGAAGCCUUCAAGAGGCUGAAACAGAGAGUCGUUUGGAAGUAUGACGUAGAACUAGACGGCAUCUCGGACAACGUGCUGAUACAGAAGUGGCUUCCGCAGCAGGAUAUAUUAGAUACAAAAGAAAUGCUGAACAGGUGAGGAAUACAGUGCGCGACCAGCCAGAUACACCCAAGGAACGUGCAGUAUUCUGGAUCGAGUACGUGGUCCGCCACCAGGGAGCGCCCCGCCUCAGGAGCCUGGCGGCGAAGCUCUCGUGGGUCGAGUUCCUCAUGCUCGACGUCCUGCUGGUGCUCCACGUCGCCGUGUACGUCGCCUUCUGCGUUCUGUCACGGAUUAUUAGGGCGGUGAAAGGGAAGCUCUUUCCGCGCAACGUGAAGAAAAAGAAGAGGGACUGAAAGUGAUUUUUAGUGCACACAUGUAUACAUA